GCAACAGCUGCUGCGAGCACUUUCUGCCCCAACAGUCCCCCCGCCGGACGCCGGCCGCCCGCGCAGGGACCCCGCGCCUGCACUGUCCCCGCGCGGACGAGUAGGGGGCGCCCGCGCCGCUCCCUCGCCCCGCGCCGGAGAGUUUGGAAGUCCCUUGUCUUCACAUUGCCGGGAUCAACGUCUUGCUCAACUGAGCCACUCACCCAAUGGAGGCAGACAGAACUAGUGCCCUUGUGCUGACUCACAUCUGAAUCACAGCACAGGGAAGCCAGCAUACUGUGUGCAAAGACCCAUCUCCAUCACUGAGCUUGUCCUAAACUCUGGAAUACACAUGCCCCUCUGAACUUUAGUUACAAGCCCAGGGCUCCUGGAGGUUUGAGUGACGUCUCACAAGUGGCCUUAUUCUAACCCCAGCAGACGGCUGGAUUGUCCCUUCCUAUCUCACUCUGAAGUGGCAGGCAGCAUGCCAACUCAAUCACUGCUUGUGUACAUGGACGGGCCGGAAGUCAUUGGCAGCUCUUUAGGUACCCAGACGGAGGUGGAUGAUGCUGUGUCCAUCAAAGGGCCAGCUGUAGUCCCCUUCCGAGCUGCGCAGGAGAGGAGCAUGACCCCAGCUGAAGGACACAUGCCCCUGGACUGCAUGUUCUGCAACCAAGCCUUCUCCCAUGCAGAAGACCUCAGUCAGCAUGUACUCAGGCAACACCGGCCCAUCCUCUGCGAGCCAGCCGUCCUAUGUGUGGAGGCCGAGUACCUCAGUCCUCUUGAUAAAGGUCAGGUGCCAACAGAACCACCAAAGGAGAAGAACUGCAAAGAGAAGGAAGAGUUGAGCUGCGAUGUGUGUGGGCAGACAUUCCCAGGGGCUUUUGACGUUGAGAGCCACAUGAAGAAGCACAAGGACUCCUUCACCUACGGGUGCAACAUGUGUGGGAGAAGGUUCAAGGAGCCCUGGUUCCUGAAGAACCACAUGCGGACACACAAUGGCAAGUCUGGUACCAGGAGCAAGUUGCAGCAGGGCCUGGAGAGUCCUGUCACCAUCAAUGAAGUGGUUCAGGAACAUGUAGCUGGGAGCAUCCCCACUCCCUACAAGAUCUGCAUGGUUUGUGGCUUCCUCUUCCCGAAUAAGCAGAGCCUCAUUGAGCACAGUAAGGUUCAUGCCAAAGAAACUGCUUCCAGUGCCAGUAGCACAGCCCCUGAUGCCCAGCAAGAGGGGGGACCCACAUCUUCGAUGGAAGAGCUGCUGCAGUGUUUGAACUUGAGACCCAGAUCCCACCCAGAGACUACAGCGAAGCCCAUCACCUGUAUACCUCAGCUUGACCCCUUCACCACCUACCAGGCGUGGCAGCUGGCCACCAAAGGAAAAGUGGCCGUUGCCCAAGAAGAGGUGAAAGAGUCAGGGCAAGAAGGAAGCACGGACAAUGAUGAUUCGUGUUCAGAGAAAGAGGAACUUGGAGAAAUUUGGAUUGGGGGUAAGUCGGAAGGUUCUGGAAAGUCCAAAACAAAUAGAAGCAGUUGUCCAGGUCUCUCGCAAGACAAAGAGAAACCUAGACAUGCCAACAGUGAAGUGCCUUCUGGGGAUGGCGAUCCCAAGUUGCCCAGCAGCAAGGAGAAGCCCACACACUGCUCUGAAUGCAGUAAAGCCUUCAGAACCUACCACCAGCUUGUCCUGCAUUCGAGAGUGCACAAGAAAGACAGGAGGGCCGAUGCCCCAUCACCCACCAUGUCUGUGGAUGGAAGGCAGCCUGGGACUUGCUCCCCAGACCUCGUUACCACUAUGGAAGACGGUGGUGCUGUGGACCGAGAAGGGGGCUCUGAAGACGGGUCUGAGGAUGGACUCCCUGAAGGGCUCCAUUUGGAUAAAAGUGAUGAUGGAGGAAAAGCAAAGCCCCUCACGUCCUCGAGAGAGUGUAGUUACUGUGGCAAGUUUUUCCGUUCAAACUAUUACCUCAAUAUUCAUCUCAGAACUCAUACAGGUGAAAAACCGUACAAAUGUGAAUUCUGUGAGUAUGCCGCAGCCCAGAAGACCUCACUGAGGUACCACUUGGAGAGACAUCACAAGGACAGACAGCUGGUGGACGCUGCGGCUGCGGCUAAAAGUGAAGGUCGGAGCCAGGAGCCGCAGGAGGCACUACUAACUGCUGACAGUGCGCAGACCAAAAAUUUAAAACGGUUUCUUGAUGGUGCCAAAGAUGUUAAGGGCAGCCCACCUGCCAAGCAGCUUAAGGAGACGCCUUCUGUCUUCCAGAGUGUUCUGGGCAGCGCCGUCCUCUCACCAGCACACAACAAGGAUACUCAGGAUUUCCAUAAAAAUGUAGCUGAUAACGGCGAGAGAGUGCGAAAGAGUCCUGCCCCUGCUUAUCUGGACAUGCCAAAAAGAGCAUCGGGCGAGCCUCAGGCCAGCAUUCCUGCCUGCAAAUUAGAGGGGAGUGGGCCUCUGGCCAGGGAAGGUGGCCAUAGGGAGAAGAUGGAGUGGGAGGCCGACUGCCAGGACAGGCCUUUGAAUCUGUCCCUUGGGGCGUCCCACACCUCUCCUGCUCUCUCUCUGAGCAAGUAUCUCAUCCCCACCAUCGCCUGCCCCUUUUGUACCUUUAAGACUUUUUAUCCGGAAGUUCUGCUGAUGCACCAGAGACUGGAGCACAGGUACAAUCCCGACACCCACAAGAGCUGCAGUAGCAAGUCUGUGCUGAGGAGCAGGCGGACAGGGUGUCCUCCGGCCUUGCUAGGCAAAGAUGUGCCUCCCUUGUCCGGCCUGCACAAGCCCAAGACUAAGCUUGCCUUCUCGUCACAGGCUAAGUCCUUGUUCCUGGAGAAGGCCCGCCAGGGUACCUCCGGGCCAAGCAAAGCUCCCCAGACAUCAGGGCCAGACAGCAGCACUUUAGCCCCAAGUAACCUGAAGUCACACAGGUCACAGCCCAGUGCCGGGGGUCCCGGGGCCACCAGACAGCAGCAGUCAGAACUGUUUCCCAAAGGUGGCAUCUCUGCUGCUACAGAUAAGGUGAAAAGACCUGAGCUGAAGCUCAAGGCCCUGCCAGCUGCUCAGUCUCAGUCCCCCCUUGGCAGUAGUAAUGGCAACGGUUCCAUCGAGUACCCCAUGAAGGUUGAUGGCCCAUGGGUGCCGCAAGGGAGAGACUACUACUGCCACCGGAAUGCUGGUAGUGCCACAGCAGAGUUCUGUGAGCCACUUCCCAAAAGACUCAAAUCUAGCGUGGUGGCCCUGGACACAGAACAUCCUGGACCCAACGGCAGAAGGGGCUUCGAGCUACCCAAGUACCAUGUGGUCAGGAGCAUAACCUCGCUGUUACCAGAGUGUGUGUGCCCAUCGCCUGUGAUGCCUCCGAAAGCCCGUUUCCUGAGCCCUGGGGAGGUGGAGUCGCCCAGUGUGUUGACUGUGCAGAAGCCCUACAACGCCUCUGGACCUCUGUACACCUGUGCACCUGUGGGACACACAGGAGCCAGCCCAGCCCUUGAAGGUCUCGCUGGAUGCAAGUACACACUUUCCAUGGAAUCACACUUCGGUUCAUCUGAGAGCAUGUGAUGAGAGCUACUGAACAAGCUGUGACUGUAUUGUACAUAGACUGCAGAGCAGAGAAGGAACACUACAUUCUCCUAAGUUCUAUUAACUUUUGUACCAAAUAGCAAUAAAAACUAGUGGGAGCAGUUGGGCUGUACACAAAUGGGGACUGCAAAUCUAUUUUGUCCCUAAAUAUUUUUUUUAAAGAAUUGACCAAAUAAGUUUUUGCAUACUUGAGCGCUGCUGAAAAGAAAUCAUUUGGGGUGGGGUGGGGAGGGGACUGCUGUAACGCUCGCACCUCAGGUAAAUGUAAAUACCUACAUUGUAAACUUGCUUAAGUACUGUGUGUAUUUCCUUCCCUCAUGGAGCUCAAUCAUUUGAGCAGUUUCUGCUUCUUUGUGCUUUUUCAUUUAAGAUGUGUUUUAAAGCAAAUUCUCCCUGUCCUGUAUUAUGUUGAGUCCUCCACGGUCUAUUGUUUAUCUUCACACAAUUGCUGAUGGAAGUAGUGACACUCUGAAGAUGGCUGUGCACCUUGAGUCAGCAGGACUGAACCUGGCACCUUUAGUCAGCUGUUAUCAGGCAGUCAAUGAGGAAGAUAACAUUGUCUUCCUGUGGACAGGUUGUCCUGGAACCCCAGCAUCCUGCCUUGGGGUGGCCUAUGGUGCUUCUGAGCAAGCGUGCCUACAGAGACGCCAUCGCUCUGUAGAGUGGCAGAGCCAGGCUCCAUGGGGGCCAUCUCAGUUCUUCCUUUCUGUUGUGAGAGUCAGUUUCUUGGAGAGUUGUCUGGGUUAAGUUUAGACAAAUAUGCCAAAUUUCAUUGUGUAAAUUGCAUGCUGGGAAGCAGUUUUAAAGGGAGUGAAAGGUUUUGGGAGAUUUUUAGUUUGUAUCUGGAGUCUUGGUGUGUCUGGUGUGAAUUGUGAACACCUUGAGUGCUGACUGAGCCUCCUGGCAGGCAGGGAGAGAAGAGCUGCUGUAGUCAUGCUCGUCCCCCUUUUUGUUUCUCAGCCAGGGUGAUGUCCUCAGUGCACAGGCAGCUUGGCUUGAGGGUGACAGCCACCAGCUGCCUCACUCGACAUUUUAAACUUGAGUUCCUUUGAUGCCUUGAGUUUAUCCAACAGUUUUUGGGUUUAGCAAACCCAAAGUAUUUUAUUAAGAAACUGUUUCAAAGGUGAAUUUGCACUGCUCCUUUUCCUUACCCCCCCUCGGUAGGACAGAAGGGCGAAGAGCUCAAAGAACCCCGGUUCUUCCCACCCUGAUUAUGUGACAUGGGGGUCCUUGGAGACCUGUGGACGGUCCCCAAGGGAGACCUGACCUCCUGUGUUGAAGGGAGAUCCGGGUUCAGAUGUGUCUGCUCUUGCAGAAAGUGCUUUUGUAUCAAGAACAUGUACACUAGGCCCUGUUCCCGUCCACAAGCUGAGCCAUAUGUACAUAAUAUAGACUGUUUUCUUAGGUUCUGCACUUUUAUAGCCUAUUUUUGAAGAUUAACACAUUUGCAAGAUGAUUGACUCAAUCUUUGCCUAAAUCCAGCGAGUGUGCAGGAAGCUCGCAGAGAUGAUACAUGUAAAUCUUGAGGGGGGAGGUUAUAUACAAUGGGGGGCAAAAUUAAACCUGUAUUAAAAAAAAAUCACCAAAUCUAUUAGAAAACAAGUCAAUGUGUGUAAUGCUGAAAUUUUGGGGGCUUUCAGAUUUCUCUAGUUAUAUUUUCCGAAUGCAUAAGAAUUCCAGGUUUUGUUUGUUUGUUUAUAAGCAGCCCUUUGUACUUCACAGAGUGUCUUGUCAUCAGUAUUAACUCUUGGGAUACUACUGGCUUCCUGUGUCUUUCCUUUGGGGCAACAGUACAUGUGAUAGAGGUACAAUUCGUUGGAUUUUUGUUAAUGUAUUUAUUUCAUUCCGGUUUGAUUUAUUUUAAUUGUUGAUACUUAAGUUGUCAGACCGUAGACAUGCUUUAUUUAUGAUAUAUUUCAGCUUAAAGUUAUGUUAUUAUAUGUGGAUGUAAAUAUAG